UCCCAGAGAAAAUCUCCCUGCAGCGCCUGCCCAGGAUGCAUGGUAUCAGAGCCCCCGAGAGCCAGGGCCACUUCCCCAGCAGGACGGCCACGCUGAGCCGGCCCUGGCUUCUUCUGCUUACCUACGUGCUGGCUGCCCUGGAGCUCACCUGCCUCUUCAUGCAGUUUUCCACUGUGCCCUAUCUGUCCCGGAGACUGGGCCUGGAUUCGGUCGCCUUUGGCUACCUGCAAACGACCUUCGGCGUGCUUCAGCUGCUGGGCGGGCCCGUGUUUGGCAGGUUCGCGGACCAGCGCGGGGCGCGCGCGGCGCUCACGCUGUCCUUCCUGGCGGCCUCGACGCUCUACCUGCUGCUGGCGGCGUCCUGCAGCCCGGCCCUGCCCGGCGUCCCGCUGCUCUUCGCCUCGCGCCUGCCCGCCGCGCUCAUGCACACGCUGCCGUGGUCCCCUGAGGACCCGCGCGGCCGGGCCCUGGGGGCGGAGUCCCGGGGUGCCAGGACGGGGCCGACACCUGCGGCCCUGCUGUGGGCCAGGGGCGCCCUGCGAUGCGGACGCUGCGGGCGGCAGGACCCCGAGCUCCGCGGGACUGUUGCCUUCAGGAUCCAGUACCCGGCCAUCGUGGCUCUCAUGGCCAACCUCCUGGGAGCCGUCCUCAGCUUCACCUGCAUCCCUGCCAGCACCAAAGAGGCCAGCACCAGUGCCCAGGCUGCCCCGCCAGGCGGGCCCAAGGCCAGCGUGUUUGACCUGCAGGCCAUCAGCCGCCUGCUGCUGCUGCCAGAAGUCCUGCCGGUGUUCCUUGUCAAGGUCAUCUCCAGCUUCCCCUCGGGACUCUUCAUGGUCAUGUUCUCCAUCAUCUCCAUGGAGUUCUUCCGGCUGGAGGCCGCCCAGGCCGGCUACCUCAUGUCCUUCCUCGGGAUCCUGCAGAUGGUCACCCAGGGCCUCGUCAUCGGAUGGCUCAGCAGCCGCUUCCCGGAGGAAGUGCUGGUCCGGGCCAGCGUGCUGGUCUUCAUCGUGGUAGGACUGGCCAUGGCGCUGAUGUCCAACGUGUUCCACUUCUGCCUCCUGGUGCCCGGCCUGGUCUUCAGCAUGGGCACCCUCAACGUGGUCACCGACAGCAUGCUGACCAAGGCCGUCGCAGCCUCAGACACCGGGACCAUGCUGGGCCUCUGUGCCUCUGUGCAGCCGCUGACCCGCACCUUCGGGCCCACCCUGGGCGGCCUCCUGUACCGCAGCUUCGGCGUCCCCGUCUUCGGCCAUGUGCAGGCUGCCGUCAACAUCCUUGUCCUGCUGCUGCUGUGGAGAAAGCCUAUUCCCCGGAGGAAGGACAAAAGCUGGUGACCAUUGCCCCCGGACAUGGAUUGGCAAUAAACUCUUUCAGGACCUUU